UCUGUGUGCUGUCGAGUGUACUGCGUUGAACUCACCAACAACAUUUAUUCAGCUUUUGCAGUUCACGAACUGUCCAACUAUGGUUGCAUCGGCAGAUCCACAAAAUAUUAUUCAAAAAUUGCAAAAGUACAAACGUCUAAAUGGCACAAAUUUGUUGAAACCUCUGCACAAUCGAACACCAGCCACUGCAUCAAAGCAUGACAACUUCAAUUACAAAACUUCAACGGCUAAGCUUGACAGCACCAAGCCACAACAACAUCACAACAGCGAGACGGACACCACUACUAUAUCAGCAAAUAUGUUCAACACAAUUGACCAACAACAGAAUAAUACAAAUAAUUUUUUAGACUUAUUACGAAAUCCCGAAUAUGUGGAACAAUUUUCCGAAAUGAAUAACGAUUUACUUCACAUAACUUUGAAUGAAACCGCCGUCGUUGAGGUCGGCAUGUCGCUAUCCUCGCUGCAUGCAAGCAUCAUUGCACCAGCUGCCCUCUCACACACCACCACCACCACCACCUAUAAACAAAAUGAAACCAUUCAACUUUUAAGCACACCGAACAGUUUAGUUGUAGACACAUUGUUGGGUUCUGUGAUGACAACAGCCACUGCAACGGUGACAGGUGCUGCAACACCACUCACAGCUGAGGACCUGCUACUGGGCCAUAUUCAACCGGACACUGCCAGUGGUGGCGCAUUUACUAGCUUAUAUGCCAAUUUGUUGGCAGACAUUUCACCAUCGAGCGCUAUUGGAGUAGCAGCCGAAACGAUUUCAACGCCAACUGCCGCAAUGAUGCCGGAUUCUGAUAAUGCCAGCGUUUAUUGGGAACUUGGCGCGACUGAUUUCGAUGUACUCUAUCGGCACUCGCUGCUAAUGACAAUUGUCUAUUGCAUUGCAUACAUUGUUGUGUUUCUGGUUGGUUUGGUUGGCAAUAGUUUUGUGAUUGCCGUCGUUCUGAGGGCGCCACGAAUGCGUACGGUUACCAAUUAUUUUAUUGUCAAUCUGGCUAUUGCAGAUAUAUUGGUUAUCGUUUUCUGUUUACCAGCCACGUUGAUGAGCAACAUUUUUGUGCCCUGGAUGCUGGGCUGGCUGAUGUGCAAGACAGUGCCCUACAUACAGGGCGUAUCGGUGGCUGCAUCUGUCUAUAGUCUAAUUGCCGUAUCGUUAGAUAGGUAA